AUGAAACACUCCUUCAUCAACCUCCGUUUACUCAUUGUUUUAUCUCUGCAACUUAUUGUAUCUAUUGAUGGAAAAGGAUUCCACAAACGAUCCUCGCUUGAAACCCUCCAUGCAGAGCUGUCUGUAGUCGAAGAACAGAGCGUGGAUUCUUUCAGUGAAAACUUGGACGCUGUAGCUCUUCAAGCACUUGAGCGUGCUGGCAUUCGAUUUUCUGACAUUAAGGCCAUUCAAAUAACCCUUCUGGAGCCGAAUCCAUACUUUCGGAUUUGCCCUAAUGAAGCCCUUAAUUCAACCUUCCUCUGUCUCAAGAAACGAAUUGAUAGAGAGAUGCUCUGUCCCACUGAAGGUAUCUGCUGUCCACGGUUUCAACAUCCUGGAAAAUAUUUUGAUUCCAUUCCAUCAUCUUCCGGUGAAAUUCGACCAGACGAUUGCGUAAUUUCAUUAAUUCUGAUGGUUGAUUUUAUAAGCGCUUUUGAGAAUGCAAGGCAACAGCGUCUUCUAUCUCUAUCAAUUCGAGUGCUAGAUAUAAACGAUCACGCUCCAGCUUGGAAACUUCAAAGAUCUCAAAAUCAAAUGAAUAGGCAGUCUUCUGAUUCCAAUCAGUACAGCUCACUUAUCCCGGUGCUUAUUCUUCCAAUUCGAGAGAAUGCUAAAAGUGGAACAAAGAUUGAAUUACCGGAAGCUUUAGAUCCUGAUGCAUAUCCUGAAAAUACAACAGUAAAUUACGGGAUUGAAUCGGAUGUUGGUGGUCUGUUCUCCCUCGAAUGGACUGGAAAGUCCAGAACGGUAACAAACUUCCUUGAACCUAAAGCUGCUCAGGACAAACUUUGGCUGGUGCUGAAUAAAGAACUCAAUCGGGACGAGCAGAAAACACAUCAAGUGAAAAUUUUUGCUGUAGAUGGAGGUGCUGUUAAGCCGAAGACAGGUUAUUUGCUGCUGAAUAUAACCAUUGAAGAUGUGAACAAUCAUCCGCCCAAGUUCAAGAAGCACGAAGAUUUUGUGUGGGUUCUUGAGCACAGUCCCAUUGGAAGUGUAAUCUAUCGACUAAGAGCAAGUGAUCAGGAUGAAUCUGACAUUGACAAGCUGAGAUACUCUCUUUCUUCCUCUGUCACCACUCAAAUAGCGAGCCUUUUUGUUGUUGAUAAACGAACUGGUGAGAUACGAGUUCAAGGCGAACUUGAUUACGAAAAAGUCACUUCUUACACACUUUCUGUCACUGUCACCGAUGGACUGCACUUUGAUGACGCUGUUAUAAUUAUCGGAAUACUGAAUAUCAACGAUCACCCUCCCGUUAUUACUCUUCAUUCUCAUUUGACUGCUAAUUCUAGGUAUCACUUAUAUGACGCGCAUCAUCGGGUUUCUGGAUCACAGUUGACUAUUGAAGUUGGCGAAAAUGGACCACCAGAUCAGUUGAUUGCUACUUUUACUGUCACGGAUGGAGAUGACUCUGCUGAGGCCAGAUUUCUGCAAACCCCUUCCCCCAUUCGAGACGCUUUCCUACGAGCUAAUGAUAUCAGUCUGCAGGAUGCCACUGAACGGAUAAAAAAGCCACCUCGAUGCAAACUUAAUACUGAGUUAAUGGAAAUUGAGCUUCUCAGCUUAGAUAGCAGAUCACACAAAGCGAGGUUUCAACUACGUCUCGCCAAGAAACCCCUUGAUCGAGAGGUGUCGGCGAAGUAUCUUAUUCGGAUUGAGUGUUGGGAUCAAGCUAAUAGAUUUGGAAAUCAUAUUCUUACCCAGAGUAACAUGGUCGGUUAUAGAAAUUCCUUUUCCCGAUCUACUAGUGCUACCUUUACACUUGUGGUCACAGAUGAAAAUGAUUCCAUACCAAAAUUUAACGGACCUCUCGUUGGAACCAUUGCUGAAGGCCAACCGAUUGGGACUCUCAUUAAUCAAAUUUCUGCCACAGAUGCAGACGACCCCUAUAAUAUGAAUGGACAAGCCGGAUUGCGGUAUUCCAUCAUUGGUGAACCGGAAAUUACCUACGCCUUUAAGUCUACUUCUUCUAAUGCAACUUUUGCUGCUAGUUCUACUGAUACUUCCUCCUGGUUUACUCUUGAUUCGAGAUCAGGUGAGCUUCGAUCUGCAGUAGUUUUUGACCGAGAAGUUGUUGCUGCUUUCAAUCUUAAUAUUAGUGUUACUGACGGUGGGGAGGAAUCAAAUUCAAGUAUUAAACAUAAUAGUGCCUUCACAACUAUGCACAUUACUGUUUCGGAUGUUAACGAUUGUCAACCAACGUUUGACAAACUUGUCUACCAAUUUAAUAUCAGUGAAGGUGCAACUCCACCGCUUCUUAUUGGAAAGAUACAGGCAAACGACUGUGAUGCAGAUGAAAUCAACCGUCGGCUAAACUACUGGCUUCAACAACAACCAUCAAAUUCUAGCUCAGCUGGAAGAUGGUUUACUGUCUCACGCAAUGGCGAACUCUACCUCGGUUCAAAGGGAGCCAGUGAUGGAAAGGUACAUGAUUGGAGACCUCUGGACCGUGAAAAGGAGGAACUCAUUGUCUUAGGAGUUAUCGCGAGGGAUCAUGGUCAACCAUCGCUAACUGGAUCUGCACAGGUGAUUAUCCGCCUCCAAGAUAUCAACGACAAUUCGCCAAUUUGGAAUUUCCCAAAGCCAAACGAACGAGUUGUCAACAUUUCCCUCGAUGCUUCUGUGGGCCAGAGAAUAGCUGAGGUGAGUGCCCACAUCUAUAUUUUGUCUUGCUAA